GCCAGACAACAGUGCUCAGCUCACCGAUCGCCACCAGAGGCUUUCCCCCGACGGAAAGACCACGAUGGCGGCGCUCUUCACCAUGCUGGCAGCGACCGUCGUUGCUUCGGCCGCCGUGAGUGGCGCGGCAGAGAGUCCGUCGCUGACGUUUGUGUCCCUGGGCGACUGGGGGAAGCUCGGCACAGGUCAGAGGAAUGUGGCCAAGCAGAUGGGCAUCGAGGCACAACGACUCAAAGCCAGCUUCGUACUCGCUAUCGGAGACAACGUAAGACACAACCUGCAGAGAAAGAAACUCUGUCGCUGUCUUGUCUUACGUACGUCUGUCUGUCUGUCUGUGUGUACCCCGUCCACUCAGUUUUAUGAACAGUGAGUGACCCCAACGAAGACACACAGGAGGGGGGAGAGAAGCAGUGGGCCCAUAAGUCAGUCGUGCCUGCCUCUGUUUGGCGUGUGUCAGUGGUGUGCGGUCGGUGAAUGACCCUCUGUGGCAGACGACCUAUCAUGACGUAUACGGCCCUAUCGACUCGCUUCAAGUCCCAUUCUAUGCCGGUACGUGGGCCGACCGACCACACACUCAAUCAGACAGACAGUGGUCGAUCGUUGAUGUGAUGUGUGGUGGGUGACACUGACUGCAGUGCUGGGUAAUCACGACUGGUACGGCAACGCGAGUGCGCAGAUCGACUACCACUAUCGCGAGCCCAAGCCCGAGUGGCUGUCGCGCAUCACGCUCGCCUCCCUGCCCUUCCCGUUAUACGCAGCAGCCACGGGCAGGAGAUGGUGGAUGCCACACAACUGGUAUGGUACCCCACCGAGAGCAGCAAACACAGUGCCAUAUGUCAUACCAUAUAGAAGCGCGUCUGUGUCCGUGUGUCGCGCAGGUAUUCUGUCGCGUAUCCACUGACGUCUGAGGGACAGCCCAUGACCGGGGACUCCUCGGAGGCCACCGAGGAGCAGCAGUAUGCUGUGUUUGUCUUCAUCGACACCUGGGUGGCCGACCCGUCCAACCGUCAGCUGGCCGCCAUGCGGCACGAGCAGCUGCACUGGCUGGCCAAGACGCUGCACGGCGCGGCCACUGAUCCUCACGUGGGAUGGAUCAUUGUCGUGGGGCAUUAUCCUAUCUAUACAUCAGGGCAACAUGGUCGGUCAGACGGGGCAACAAACUGACGGUUCUGUGGGCAUUCACAUUCAUCCUGUUCUCGUCGCUUUUUUGUAUUGGUGCAGGCGACACCGACUUCCUCGUGUCAGACGUACUGCCGCUGCUCAAGGAAUAUCAGGUGGACGCUUACCUGUGCGGCCAUGACCAUGACCUUGAGCUGCUCAGCGAGCACACGCCGGAGCAGCCUCUGCCCAAGAACGUCACUGAACUCACGGCAAGAAGAACACCAUACAGUCUUUCGGUCAAAGCUGUGAUGCGAAUUUCGUGUCGUCUCGGUCAGAGCGAUACUGAGGGUGUGACGUUUGUGGUGACGGGUGCCGGCGGCAAGAAGAGAUCAUUCAGCAAGCCGCUGCACAAGCAGCACAUAUACGGAUGGCCCUCAUACGGAUUCACUUCACAGUAAGACCCUCACUCGCCACUCACACCACACACAGACUCUCUGCAGUGCAUGCCCUGUGUUUUGUUUCCAUCCGUCCGCGUACGUUCCCUCCUGCAGUGUACUGACGAGCUCCCAGAUGACCACUCACUUCAUCAGCUCCGACGGCUCCCUCCUCUUCACCUACACACAGCCACGUCGCAUCCGGACCGCUGUCAAGGAGGAGUCAGAGUUGGCCCCGCUCAUCGAGGACACACCAGCGAGUGAGGCCAAGGAGGUGUGGGCGCAGUGGCAGUGGGUGGCGGGGGCGGCUGGGAUGGGGGGGCUGCUCGCCGGUGCCGCUGUGACAUGGGCUGUGCUGUUCUCCGGGCGAAAGUGCGGGUACUGAAGAGUAUGAGGGAGGGAGGACGACAUGCGCAGCAAGGAUGUGUGUGUGUGUGUGGUUGGUGUGGUGUGUUGUCUUGUGUUUCUGCAGUGGUUGGCAGCGUGUGGCCGACGAGCCCAGCCCGUCACCGAUGGAUGCAUCGCGUGCCCCAUUCGACGAAUGCACUGAUGCUGGCGCUGAUGCACCCAAGACACGACACACUGACACGGAUGCCAACAAGAGCAGGGCACAGGCUGGAUGAUAUGUGGCAGGGAGGGACAUGACCAAUAAGACAGACAGGCGAUGUUACCCAAGACAACACAGCAGCAAAACAGAUCAGGGGGGACUUUUUCGUAGGUGCGUUUUGUGGUUGUUUUGUCCCUUAUUGUGAGUGCGGCGUCUGGAUCGGCCAACACAAGGGUGUAUGUGCCGUGGCCAUGCUCCGCCCCACCAGACACUGAGUGCCCUAUUACUCGUAUGCCGUUAUAUAUAUAUCUCUCUCUCAUCUCUCUCAAUGGUCUUGUACAUAUAUACCAAGUGUUUGUUAGUGAUGUUGGUGUGGCAUACGCAACAAUUAGGGCAGCACGCGCAGCGGACUGCGCACUUUUGCCGGAGUUUUGACUCGUUUUGACCCCGUGUAUGUGUGUGAGCAACCGUGUCUGUGUGUGUGGUG